AUGGCACGGGUACAUUAUGCCUCGGGGUCCUUUCAACGGCCACCGCCGGCGAGGAUUGAAGGGAAGAGUCCAUUGGCGGUGAUCUUCGCCUGUCGAGGUAGUAUGAGCAGCAAUGACAUUCUGUAUAUUCAUUCCAUGAAUAACCUCUAUCGAGAAGAAGCGAUCAACAGUAUGACCGUGGUAACACGAAGAGAUUGUCCGAAACGCAUUGUAAACAAAUUCCGCGAUGUCAAGGAAUCAAUGAGGACCCCAUUUGGCCUAUCAUUGGAGAUGCUGUCGAAUAUUUUGUGUGUAAAAGAGUCGGCGAAUGACAUGCCGUUUGAGAUGAAGCUUGGCCGCCUUUUAUACGUCGGAUUCCCAAAGUCGAUCGCAGCCACCCCUGCACCAGCACUGAUGGAAGAGCAAUUGGACGGUGUUCACAUUGCCUUCGUUCUCCCGGAGGGCACCUCUUACCAUCUCAUUGAGAGAUUCCAGUGCCUCAGCCGAAAAAUAGCAUAUGCAAUCGACUCCCUGCAGCAAAUUAGCAACUAUUUGGACCGAGAGUACAAAGCUAUCCAUUACGUUCUGGAAGAUUUUCGUCGGAUUCCAGAGAACGAAGCGCGGUAUUUGCCAUGGGAAAAGGUUCGAAAAACGUCCAAAUUGGCGGCCUUGCUUUCUCAAGUCUUCGAGGAUCUGCACAAAACUGGUGUAGUGCAGGUAUUCAUGGAAAACUUUAUCGAGAUCGGGUUUUGCCUGGAGGCCCGUGCUCUGGAACACGCUCACCUGACGCCCCGUUCGGCCGUAGAAAUCGACAGGCUCGUUUCUCGGAUCAGGCCGUACCACAGUGUCCUUUUACUAGAGGAUGUGACACCAUCGCCAGAUUCGAACCCGAACGUGGCCCUAAUGAUUCGCCAUUGUGAUCCAGAUCGUUCGAUCUUGGACAUCAGCACUGCAAGCGGCAUUCCAUUAAUACAGGUGCUUAUGGUCGUACGCCACCUGCUAAUCUGGGCCCGUGCCGUCGUCAUCUAUCCGAUCGUCAACACAAAUGUCUAUUCAAGCGCGACCACGAAUAAGGACUUAGAAAGAGAAAACAAACGCUUCAACAAAUUCUUCGGGCACUUGGAUACCCUAGGACGCACGCUGUCUUAUUUCAACCCGCCGAUCCAAUUAGAUAAAUACGUAGAGCCGCUGGGCCCGUUGGUCGAGCAACAAGUCAAGACGAGAAUUGUUGUGUAUCUGCUCAGACAUCAGCUGUUAAUGCAGCUGCAUACUUUUGCCUACCUGUUACCGCCGUACAGCACCGACGAUCAAAUCCCGGAUGCACCGUGCCCGGCAUCGAUUUGUGCAAUGAUAGACGAGGUGCCGACGGCGAUCCAUCCCCACGAACCUCUUCCCGACGACGAGCCAGAACCGGAAGAUCUCACGGACUCGAGUUCGGACAUUGACUCGGACGUAGAAGCUCCUAUCCCAAUCAUCAGCCAUCAUCACCAUCACCGCGAAUCGGAAGAUCCGCGUAGGUGGAAGAAGAACAUGCAGGCGGAAGAAUUGAAUGCUGAGAUUCAUCGGAGACUCGCCGAGCUCCCCGAGGAAGAGUUAAAACAAAUCCCGAUACUGAACGCGGCUCAAAUGGCUAUCCUCUUCCCGCCCACUUCCUCCCCCGAAUCGCUGGGAAACCAUUUCCGGCCAGGCCCCGGUCGCUACAUGCUUUCUGACGAUGAGUCCGUUGAUUAUGAUAGGGACUCCCGUCGGGCAUACUCUGGCUCCAAUCAUAGCCCUCGUUCCGAGCUGCUUGACGACGAGACUCCGCUCUCAAGAGCCGAGGAGAUGACGGAAGACUUUAUGGUCAACGACUUUUCGGGCCCACAAUCCGAAAUCGAAGACGAGCUCUGCGACGGCAUCGACCCCGUCGAACCGACAGAAGCGAUCGGGGAAAGUGAAGAGCAGGCUGACGAGCAAACCCUCGCCCUCCCGGCCAACACGUCGUCCGAGAUGUCAACUAUAGAAGACACGAUGAAGGACAGUGCGUCGCCGUCCAGGAGGAUGUCCAUGACUUUGACCGCUUCACCACCGCAGAAUUACAACGACGGCACCGACGCCGACAUUGAGGACGCCGAUGAUGGGAUUUCCUCCGGCGACAUCGAACUCCAAGAACAGCUUGACGUCGACUCGAAUGUGGCCGAGGAAAAGAAGAGCGAAGAAGAUACAGAGCCGUGGGCCUUGCCACCGGUGAAAUUACGCAGAAUGGAGCGCGUCCCCCCGGUCAGCGGGAUCCCGGCCGAGGUGAAGGUGCAGCUGAAAAAGAUUUGCGGUCAGAUGCUGCUCACCGAGAGUUUGGCUGAGGUUGAAUCCCGCAUCCGUCAUUUCUGCCAGCUAGCGCCCCUGCUCGACGGCUCACACCACGUCGAAGACCUGAUGUACCGCUUUGAUCUCCCCCGCCAGGACAUUAUGGAGACCUUCUCCCACUUUUCCACCAUCGUCGCCACCUACUUGCGCCCAGAUUUCAUCUCCUGUAUCGAUGAUACACUG